GCGCAGCGGUAUAGGCCGGCCGGCCGGCGUCCCCUUGUCUAGUUGGGUCUCGAUCUGUCUCUCUGUGUGGCGUGUGGGUUGUAGUUAGGACGCGGCUGGUCGUCUUGUACUAGUCCUCCUCCUCCCCUCUCCUCCCCUCUUCUCCUGCUGCUAUAAAGCAACGCUGGCUGCCGGGAGGCGAGGUAAUGCCUCGAGGCCGCCGUCGAGCAUGGGGGGAGAUCACAACCACCACCACGACGGCAGCAUGGCGCGCGGCGCGGGCAGCGACGACGGACCGCAGCAAGCGCACGACAUGGUGAUGCCGGGCUUCCGCUUCCACCCGACGGAGGAGGAGCUCAUCGACUUCUACCUCCGCCGGAGGGUGGACGGCAAGUGCUUCAACAUCGAGCUCAUCAACCUUGUCGACCUCUACCGCUACGACCCGUGGGAUCUCCCCGCUUUGGCUUCAAUUGGGGACAAGGAGUGGUUCUUCUACGUGCCAAGAGACCGCAAGUACCGCAACGGCGACCGACCGAACCGGGUCACUCCAUCAGGCUACUGGAAGGCCACAGGGGCAGAUCGGAUGGUGCGCGUUGAGGGCAACCGGUCCAUCGGGCUGAAGAAGACUCUGGUGUUCUAUGUGGGGAAAGCACCCAAGGGACUUAGGAGCAGCUGGAUCAUGAACGAGUACCGCCUUCCUCACGGCGAGGCCGACCGGUACCAAAAGGAGAUUUCCCUUUGCCGAGUGUAUAAACGUCCUGGGAUUGAAGACAACUUUCACCUCACCACCACCGCAAGAUCAUCCGGCUCAAAGGCGGCGGCUUCGAUGGAAAAGAAGCACCAUCGGACAUCGGCGUCGCCCCGCUUGGCACCAAUGUUCGAUGGUGCCCACUCAUCAGCUCACAUGAGCAAGGCAUACAGUGGAACAAACACCAUCAUGGCAUCAUCAGCUGCAGCUCGAGCAGCAACAAUGGCGCCUCAGACAUCAAUGGCUUUCCUGUCAACCGCCUCGCUUAGCUCCACCACGUCAACGGAGGAGGAUGGUACAUCACUCUACCAUUUGAAGGGCGCCAACCCACCGACGAUGCUGCCAUCUUCCACACACGCCCUGCUUAAUGCAAACUCCACUACAAUGGCAACCAUCCCAAUAGAUGAGCUGAGUAGGGCAAUUGGGUCAUACAAUAACCAGGGAAACCCUAACCAGCCCUUUCCAUCACAAGGCCCAUUGCUUCCUUUUCCUAGCAUGGAAAAGAUUUGGGACUGGAACCCUCUCCUAGAGUCUCCCAAGGUUUGCACAAGCUUCAAAUGAUUUUCUGAGCUAGUGCACGCACACAUAUGCAGGCAUGAUCUAGGGCUUGAAGCAUACGCAUGCCGGCACGCGUGCACGUAUUCUAUAUAUGAAUACGGAUGUAUAUGCAUGUGUAGACACUUAAUUAUUUUGGGCUAGGACAUGGGUUAAGAUGUGUAAUGGAAUAGGAUGAGGCAUUCAGUUCUAGUCCCAUGCAAUAUGUUCCACUAUUAUUCAGUUCCAUCACAUGAAAAGAUGACCCUGUAACAGUAUGUCAAUUUCUAUUUGAAAAUGCAGACCUUGUAGCAUAAAGUGAUUAUUAGAGAUGGAAUAAAGUUUAUUUGGUCUUCUGGCCUUA